AUGAAUAUUCAUAAUAGAUCUUCAACAACAGAUUAUUCGUGCUACUAUGACUUCAGUAAUGCGCAUGAGUAUUACCAGAAAUAUGAUAAUAACAUGCUGAUCAAUCAAAAUAAUUCACAAUAUCCAAGCUCGAUAUAUAAAAAAGGACUUUCAGCUCAAGGCCCCAAUUUUUUGCACAGUAAUAAAAUGAAUCUUUCUACGGUAAAAUUAGAUAUAAAUAAUAAUGCUCCCGCACUUAUGAACACACUAAUAGAAAAAAACAAGGAAAUAAAAAAUAUGGAAAAAGAACUCAAAAUCAUCAACGAAAGUAACAUAUUUCUUAAUAAUAAGAUUGAAAUGUUGAAGAUUUUGGCUGCAAAUUUUGGCGCGACACAAGAAGAUAUUGAAGCCACAAUGUCAACAAAUGACGUAUUUUGUAUUCCAAAGCCAUCUGUUAAUGUAAAUUAUCCUCAAACAGAUUCAUCAUGCGAAAAUUUACGCGAAAAUAUUGAAGAUGAGCUUGAUGAUCUGAUAAUUAGUGACAAGAACAUUGUUAAAUUUAAUAUUGAUAAUCAUAUUGAACCACUACAAAAUGAUCCGGACAAAAAGUCAAAGUCUAUAUCUAAAAGUACUAAAAUUAAGCAACAGAAUGAAGCAAAAAAUGAAAAAACAGUAGAUAUAGCCUCAAAAAAUUUUGAAAGUAGGUCAUCAACUCUCUUUAAAAGCACAAAAAGUUUGAUUAAUAGUAUUCAAGCUCAAAAAGAAUCUACCAAUAAGUACUUAACUGGUACAAGAUUUGGCCCAUCUGUGAGACAAAAAGCAAUAAUGCAAGUUUCAGCCAACAAAAGAUUGUUAUCAUCAAAAACAAAAAAUAUUUAG